AUGGAACAUGUUGACAGUGAUGAAAGUGAUGAAAGUGAUGAAAGUGAUGAAAGUGAUGAAAGUGGUGCGGUAGUGGUGCAGCCCGUUGGUCUGAUUUGGUCUGCAAACUUCUUUUGCACCGUGCAGCGCACCUGUACUUCAAGGCCGCUCCAGCUCCCACGCCUGUGGCUCUUGCGCCUCCGAGAGUUCCCCAACUCCGGCCAAACGUGCUCCCGUUUGAGGAUCCGCGUGGCCCCGGCGCAGGGCUUGGUCGUUGUAUGUCGCGGUGAUGUUGGCCUUCUUGCCUUCUACUUUCCAGAUCGCGAGGAGGAGUGGGACAGGCUCUGCACCGCCGGCUUCCUGGGCAACUUCUACCCUCUGGAGGAUCCCUUGCGGCUGGAAGCCCCAAAGACAGGGCGCAGCCACACCUUCACCAACGCAGAGGCAGCCUUCCAGGCGCUGAAGUUCUGGGACCGGGCCGAGGAGUUCGAGAAGCUGACGGGCUCGCAAGCCUUCAGCAAGAAGAAGGGCCUGCAAGGCUUGGAGGACUUCACAUACGGAGGCUUCGGCAGCAACUGGUCUGGCAUGCUCCACGUCCUCCGGGCCAAGUUCAGACCUGGAACGGCGAUGUCCCAACGGCUGCAACUCACUGGUGAGGCCUACCUGCUGGAGCACAACGCCAGGGCUGGGCGCGACAAGAUCUGGUCGGACAACAGCAGCGGCGAUGGUUUGAACUGGCUGGGCUUGCAGCUGAUGCUCGUGCGGGAAGAGCACAGAGCAGCCACGCCAUGGACGGACUGGAUUCAGGAGCACGUGAACCUGGCCAACGGGCAAGUCGACCAGGCAUGGCAAGACUCCGUUGCGAUGGCAGUUUCUGCCCUGGACCAAGCUCUAGCUUCAGCCCGGCAGGAGAAUCAGGGCGCGUCCGCGCGCUCAAACUAG